CGGAGGUGUUUAGUGGUAAGCUGGACUGGACUGGUGGUGUGUGUCUGGCCUCUACCUCACACACACACACACACAGUAGAGGUAAAGUUCUUGCUGAGAGGUACAGUUGACGAGGGACGACCCACAACACACACAUACAUGAUGAAGGUACGGUGGGUGACAACAAUGUGGUGGGUGACAACAGUGUGGUGGGUGUUCAUGACGGCAGUGUUGUCACAUGAUGGUCUGGUAACUUCACAAGGACUUACUGCCACUGGAAAGAUCUACGUCAGAGUGCCAAAGAUUAUGACCACAGGAACAGUCAUUCGUACCUCAUUCGUAAUUAGUGACGGCCUGUGUGGAAUAGACUGCUGUAAGACCUUGUGUGAAGCCUUCUCGCUCCGCACCACAGACGCGGGGAGAGAAUGCAUCACCUACAUUAACAUAGCCAGCGUGGUCACUGUAGCACUGGACUACGAGUAUGAAAUUUACACCAAUGAAAACAAUGUUGAGAACUUGCUCAGUCAGAUUGCCGUCCCUGCUAAAGCUAUUGGGAAAGUUGUUGCUGAAGCUAGUGGGGUAGCUGUUGGUGGUAAGAGAGGAAAGUAGCAACUGUACCAAUGAUCUUUACAAACUUGAGACAGAGAUUCCCGUCAUCACUCCGCCAGAAAGUUGUUCAUAAAACUCGUUCUUAUAAAGCUGUUGAUGGUGUAGGGAGCGAGGUAGGAGGGUGGAUCAGCCUCCUACCAUACAGACAGAGUGUCGGCCGCCUUUCUCUUACCAGGUGAAGCAGAGAGACCAGGUGACUCCAAGACGAUAAUGAGUCAUGGAAUAUUUUUUAUAUUAAGUGUGAUUUGCUUAUAUGUCACCUCAUUUACCAGAGCUAAUUAAUCCUUAAAACACAAUUGUCGAUUUUGCCUUACGGGGAUAACUUUGUUGUUAUUUAUUGUUGAAAGUUGAUGGACAGUCAUUCAUAUUUAUUCCAUUUUAUUCAAGAUUCUUUAAAGAUAAUCUAACCUAUGUAUAACUAAAUUGGGUUAAGUUAGGUUAGGUUAAGUGAAGUUGGGUUGUUAGAUUAGGUUAGGCUAAGUGUUCAUAGUUUGUUUGGUGUUUAUUUACAUGUGGAGAUCAAUAUGAGUGUUUGGAAAAGGGGAAGUCAUUCUUAUUUAGCCCUGUGUGUGUGUGUGUGUGUGUGUGUGUGUGUGUGUGUGUUUGUGUGUGUGUGUGUGUGCUGUCUUAUCAUGUAUUAUAUUUGUAUAAUAAUGUUACUUUAUUAUGUAUUAGUUUGUAAAUAAUUUUUCAUUUCUUCAAUUUUUUUCUUCUGUUGUAUCUGUUGUUAAUCUCAGCCAAGAUGUGAUGAUACACCUUAUCUCUCGUCCUGUCCUUCAAUUUAGGUAAAUAUAUCCACUACCAAGGACAUCAUUAUAUUAUAUUGUAGCCUUGUACACUGUGUAUUAUAAUGUACAGUCACCCA